AUGAAGCUGCUUGUGCUGGUUGCUCUGCUCAUAGUGGGUGCUGCCACGGUGGACUUAGGACCAAAGGCAGUAUGGCAGUUCCGUAACAUGAUCAAGUGCACGAUUCCCGAAAGCGACCCCUUGGUGGAUUACAACAACUAUGGCUGCUAUUGUGGUCUGGGAGGAUCAGGCACACCUGUGGAUGAACUGGACCAGUGCUGUUACACCCACGACCAAUGCUACAGCCAGGCCAAGAAGCUAGAUAGCUGCAAAUUCCUCUUGGACAACCCCUACACCAAGACCUACUCAUACUCAUGCUCAGGCACCGAGGUUACCUGCAGCAGCAGCAACACAGAGUGCCAAGCCUUUAUCUGCAACUGUGACCGUAGUGCUGCCAUGUGCUUUUCAAAGGCCGCAUACAACCAGGAGAACAAGAACCUGAACUCCCAGUUCUGUAAGGACUGA